AUGACUCGAGGAAACCAGAGAGAUUUGGCUCGCCAAAAAAAUCAGAAAAAACAGCAGGAGAUGCAGAAGAAAAAAAACGCUAGUGAAAAAACUGGAAUGUCUCUGUCUGAAAGGAAACAUAGGGAUGCUGAAUUAAUGCGAGAAAAACAACGAAAAAAGGAAGAACAGAGUGGACAAGGUAAUCAGAAACAAGCAGUUCAU